UUAUUUUUUCCUCCUAUGCUAGGAAAUAAGCAGUCAGGCAAUGUUGAUUACGGGGAAGCUGAGGAUCCCUGUGAAUCUCGGAACCUGCGGGUAGCCCCUGGGAAGGACCUCCCAGCGGGACGUUUCUCUGAGGAGGCAGCCUCCACUCCCGGCGUCGUGCGUCGAACUUUUCCUGUUUCCCGAGGCUCUUUUUCGCAUUUCGUUUUCCUUCUCCUCCCGCCCCGCUGCCAGGUGUCGCAGGCCGGGGAGGCGGAGCGGGGGCGGACGGUCCCGGAGCCGGGGGUGUCCGGGGCAGAUACAAUGUCUGCCCCGAGUGGCAUCCCUGCCCCAUCUGCACCACCUUCUUAUGAGGAAACAACAGGAAUCAACGUGAACUAUCCCCACCCCUAUCCUGUCUUAGACCCUGGCCAGAAACCAGAUGGGAAGGGGAUGAACCCUCCUCCGUACACAGGACAGCCUAUGCCAGCAAGUAACCCCGUUACAGUUCAGACGGUGUAUGUGCAGCAACCUGUAGUGGUAUUUUAUGACCGCCCAGUUCAGAUGUGUUGCCCUUCCUGUAACCAGAUGAUUGUGACGCGUCUCUUGUAUGAGUCAGGAGCAUUGACUUGGCUGUCAUGUGGUGGCCUCUGCCUGCUGGGGUGCAUAGCUGGCUGCUGCUUAAUUCCCUUUUGCAUUGAUGCCCUAAAAGAUGUGGAUCACUUCUGUCCGAACUGCAAUGCUCAUGUUGGUUCUUACAGGCGUUUAUAGGCAGUGUUUAAACAUUGAUAAUUGAUUGAUUUGAAGUUGGCUAGCACCUCUGUAAGCCCCUUCUGAAGCUUCAUGGAGGCUUUGUGAUUGUUUCUGUGCAUCCUGUCACUGGAAACCAAUCAAAAAUAAUGUUUAUUGCUAGGUUGUUUGAAUAAGAAUUUGCUAAGAAUAAAGGAUUCUGACUUGGGUCUGUAGAAAGUACGUGUAAUCUUUAUGGGCCACGCAGUCCAGCACCAGUCCAGCAACUAAGUGUUGUCCCUCUCUGCUUUAUGCAAAAACAGAUUGGUGAUGUCAGUCUGGUUAAUCUCAUCUCGGUCAUGUUGCACACUGGUGUGUUUGUUUAGAGCCUCAGCACAGACCAAGAGGAGAAUGUCUGGAGAACCAUAUAGUCUCAUGCUUGGUGUUGAUGCUUUUGCAACAGUGCUGUUUACAAAUUGGCAGGGAGUUGCUUGCCUCUAACAGACGUGCCCCUCUGACAAAAGAAGUGAUUUUGGUCCCUGAUGUCAUCAUUUGGGCACCUUUUUAAGAGCACUAAAAUUCACUUUAAAACUUUAUCUGUGAAAGACAAUCAAACCUAAAGUCUUCUUCCUUUUGGAAGUUGCAUUACCAAAUGGUGGUAAACAAUAACUCAGGUUAUUGUGCAUCAGCAGUGAUUCAAUCUAGUGCCUGAAUUUCCUUGCCGGUUUUGAGUCCAGAAGUAUCUCUACUUUGCAGUGAAGAUGCUUAUACAGGAAUUUUGAAUAUAUUUUUUUUUCCAGAUUUUUUUUCUUUUUUUUUUAGUGCUGAUUUAUUAGUCUGUGAAAUGUUCUCUUCUCCCCACCUCAUUGGAAAUGCCAAUAGAGCCUCAGUUGUAGUAUUGGAAGGCUUCCUUAUACAUUUACAUGAGUUCACUGGUGGACCAUAAACAAACCUCAGUCUUAUCUUAAAGCUGGAAUUUCACCUGCAAAACACAAAUAAAUACAGGACCCGUAUUUUUAACUGUUGAUCUGUUAGUUGUGGUUUCUUCAUUGAGAAGGUAGCAUGUUUGUUAAGGAGUUUCUCUGAUGAUUAUUUAGACUUGUACUCUGAUUUUUCCAAAUGAAAGAUAAGUUCUGUUCUCAGAAACCUAAGCUGGAUAUGCUUAGUUUAGAUGGUGAUCACAGAAAAUUAACAAGUGGCACUCUGAAGAUUGAACUAUUUUGAACACCAGACUAGGUCCAAGUGACAUCUACAUGCAUUUGAAUGAUACCUGUCUAGAGAAGGCAGACAAGUGUUUAAACAAGGCUGUGAUGCUAAGACUGUAUUAAUCUCUGUAAAAAGCUAAAAUAAAUACUGCAUUUAUUGUUCUUGUCAGAUGUGCCUUCUAUAAAUAUUUGGUGUAAGUUAACUUUUCAAAAAUCUUUGAACACUUCACAUUUGAAAUCUGAGUUUUGUGGAUUACAAAUACAAUGUCUAGGCCUUGUUAAUUAGUAUUUAUAAAUUGGUGCUGUUUGUGGGUCAUCUGAUGUUCUUUAAGGACCUGGGUGGUGUUCCAUUGAAUUUUCUGUUCUGAUGACACAGUCACUGGUCCUCACUUAUGCAAGUCACAGGCAGCCUUUUUUUGCCUGGAUUUCACAAAAAAUGUAUUCUUUUUUUUUUUUUUUUGGUCAGUUUAUCAUCAGAGUAACACAAGAAGAAGCAAUGAAGCAUACCUUCCCUUAGUUCCCCCUUUCUCUACGAAGUGCUGGUUGGAAAACCUAAGAUGGUAGCAUCAUGAGGCAGAAGAACACUGACCACCUCCCCCCUCCCUCCAAUAAUUAUAAUUUAUGUGGGUUUUCUUUUGGUUUUAUGAGCAUAGUAAAAUGCAUCUGUUAAAUUGCUGUUAUGGACUAAGAAUAAGACAGGGAAUGUUGGCAGCUACUCCAUGUAAUUAAGCAUUCUUCAAAACUUUUUUCUGCCCCCUCUAUGCUUAAAUUUCCUUAAAUACAAAGCCUGUACAUGUUCUCUUGUGUAUGGAUUUAUCUUCAGAAUGUGCCAAAGUAACUUGAUUGUUACACUUAUUUUAGAUAGAGAAAUUGAGGAUAUAACUUGCUGAAUAUGGAAAAUGCUUUGUUUGAAUUUCUGAAGUUACUGUUUGUUUUUAAAGCUGAUUGUAUUUAAAAUAAAAACCUUCUUUUGUAUCUAGUGAUUAUAAUUGGAAAAUUAUAGCAUUUGGAAUGUUUCCAAACGUGAAUGUUAAAAUAGUGUCAAGAAAUGUAACUAUAGGAUGCAAUUUUUCAGUGCCUCUCUUGGGCCAAAUCUCUCAGAAAUGGCUUUCUGUGGUGUGCAGAUAAACUGCUUACACACAGCCACAUUUGAAAAUGUUAGAAUAUCCCAGUGACUACUGAAGUAUGUGUUUUCUCUUUUGAUAAUAAAUCUUCCUGAAAUACU